CACACACACACUCUUUAUCUCUUGGUCUUCAUCAUCAUCAUCUUCUUCUGCUUGGUCGAUGGCGGUGUCCGAUACGGUGGCGGGAAAUUUGAUGACGAUCUACGUGGCGGUGAUCGCCGGAAUCAAAGUCUACGGGCUAGUAUGUGGGCGAAGCUUGAGCACUUGGUUUGUUAUGAUGGUGUCGACCACCGUGGUGGCCCUCAUCCUGGUGGCCACGCUGACGUGGGACGUGUCACGUAAGGCCACGUAUGCAUUCCCGCGGGAUCAAACCCCUCGUCACCGUCAACCUCACAACAUCCCUCACCAUGAUCAGACGUGCAAGGGCGGUAUCUGCUGGCAUGGAGUGGCGGUCCGGUCGCCGGCGUCUCAGAUCCGGUUCAGGCUUCCCCACCACCACAUUCCUUCGUGAAGACGAACGGUAAAAACAAAAACAAAAACAAAAAGCAAAAUAAAAAGAGGAAGAAAGAUUAUCUUCUUAUUCCCUCCCUGUAAGUAUGUCAAAUUAUAUGAUAUUUUGGAUUGUCGGUGUAUUUUUUGUUAAUUAUAAAUAGGAUGAGAUUAAGGUGCUUUAAGCAUUCCCCACUUAUGAUAUACUACCUCCAUUUCUU